AUGCAAGCCGGGGGGCCAGAUAGCGCAGCGGUCUCUGAGGCCCCCAGCAGCGGUAGUGAGGAUUCGGACUGUGAGCCUGGUCCUGAAACUGACGCAGAUGCAGCCCUUACUGAAGAAUGGGCCCGAGAGCUAUUGACUGGUGCGGGCGUGGUCGCACCUUACGAGGUACAUGUGGAGUCACGAGCAGGAGUAGCAGGUGCUCUGAGCCGUGUUUUGGCUGUGACAGUCUGUUAUGAAAGUAAUGGGGAGUGUAGAUCAAUGCCCCUUGUCGUCAAAUUGCCGCCCAGAGAUCCUUUUGGGCGAUUAUUUGUGGCGGAGGCACAGUUCGACACCAGAGAGAUUCUGUUCUACACUGAGUUAGCACCUGCUCUUAACAAGCUCGCUGAGGAAGCCCUAGGCCCUGGUUCAGGAUUAGCUAUACCCAAAUGCGUGAAGGCCAGACUGCCUGAUGAAAUUGGAGGUGACAGCGAACUGGUUCUAGAAGAUGUCACAUCAGUUGGCUAUGAAGCUGCUGAUUUUGCUGAAGGUUUGACUGAAGAACGCGCCCGUGCAGCAUUGUUCGCUGCGGCUAGGUUACAUGCGCUCUCCUUAGCACUGCGCGAUAGAGAAGGACCUUUAGAUGAAAGGUUUGAUUUCCUAUUUCCAUGCGAAAGAGCUGCAGCAGGUUACCUCCGUCUUGUGCGGCGUGGCCUUCCACAACUUGAAGCGUUCUUAAGAGGACGUCAAGACUGCAUUGAAGAAGCUGCUGCUGUAUCAGCUUUAAGUGCUAGGGCUCCUUCGUUACUUGGUACGUUGUUAAGACCAGCUGAACCAGCGCCACUCGCACAUGCAGAUUUUUGGAGCGGAAACCUUCUAUUCCGAGAAAAAGAUGGAGUCAGUGAAUGCAUAGCUUUAGACUGGCAAAUGGUUUCUUUGGGAAGACCAAUGGAUGACGUGGCGCUUUUGCUGUUAUCGUCGUUGACUCCAGAGAUGAGAAGAGCAGUUGGUGAUAAUCUAAUAGAAGAAUAUGGUGAUCGUUUGGAACUUGAAUGUGCUCGACUGGGGGUGGCUUCUGCUGGCAGUACUGUGAGACGUGCCCUGAGACCAGACUGGCCAAGAGCAGCACUCAGAGCGCUUCUGCUAUGUGCAGGAAGCGUUGACGUAGCGUUAGGAGAACCUAGAGCUGAGAGACGCUUGCUAGAAGCAGUUCGGGAUCUUCAUUCGGAGGGUGUCCUCGCUUUAAGACCAGAUAGCGAAACGUGA